UAAUAAUAACAACAGCAACAACAAUAAUAAUAAUAAUAAUAAUAAUAAAUAGAUAACUAAAUAAAUAAAUAGAUAAAAAAGAAAGAGAAAUAGAAAGAAGAAACAAUGUUGCCGAUCCAAUAUAAAAUUUAAGAUUUACGAUCGCUCUUGGAAAAUUUGCAGAUUUUUAAAGAAUAAUGCUCGAGAUAAAAAGUGGGAUAAUAAACUGAAAAGAGAAGACAAUUGAUUAAUCCUUCAUUUCUCAGUCCUUUUGUAUAUCAUAGAAUCUUUUAUAAAGAAAAUUUGCUUAGUGAAAUAUGUUACUUAAUAAUAGAAAACACUUUAAUUGGUAUUUGGUUUAUGAUUUAUCGUAGUAGUAUGCCAAGUUAGUCUUUCCUGAUAAAAUUUAAUAACUAUCUGAGGACAAAUAACGUUGGCUUCUCUCGCAGGUACUAAAUCCGAUUCCUCUGUUCCUUUCCUAUAUGAAUAAAAUCUUAUGUAUAACAUUUGUCACCUCGUCGCAUCUUUUUUUGGUUUGUUUUUUUCUUUUUCUUUUCUGUUUUUUUUUUUUUUUUUUUUUUUUUUUUUUUUUUUUUUUUUUACAGAUUAUAUAGAAAUAAAUAUGUAAGUAGAAAACAUAUAUGAUAUUGGCUAACCAUUUCAUUAAAAACAUUAAUUCUCCGCUGGAAUCAGUUGCGCCAAUAAUUCUUUCUGGCUCCAAUUCUCUGUUAAAUCCAUAUAAUGGAUUGGUAUUGUCUACUAGCCUUUUUUGAUUCAUACUAAAAAUAUAAUAAGAAUAAAUGUUGUUAAAUAACUUAUAAAUAUUAUUUUUGUCAUUAGACGCAUGCUCAAAGGUUAAGGACAACUGUGAUGAAAGAUUCACUAUCACAGCCAACUAUGGAAGAAGGUACUUUGCCGGUCAAGUUAGAACAAGUAAUAACUAUUCGAAUUCAUUGGAUUAUUAUAAUCACCUGUUUACGGCUAUCCAAAAACUUAGUAUCUUUAGAUUAUGAUAAAUGUUCUAGCCGUUCGUAGAUGUUAUCAAUGUUUCCUACAACGUUUAAAAGAGAACUCUGUUCUACGUUGUAUAAACGAAUAGACUCUCCCGCGUGAGAAAAAUUACCAAAUCUCUAACAAGUUGGCGUUAUAAUGGUUUAUUCCAAUUGGUCGACUCAUCAGCACGUGGAUACAGUCACCAAUAGCGUUUAGUUAGAGGAGGGAGCUUAAGCCAUAGAUAUUCUUGGUUGUUAUCUUUAUCUAUGCGUAUAUAAGCCGACAAUAACCGAAUCAUAACGAAAAUGACCGAUGCAUGAUGCUGCGAUGGAUCUCUGUCGAUCGCUCCUCCUAGCAUGCUUUUCACCAGUAAUAACAGCAAAGUGCAGUAGUAGUAAUUGCACUAGCAGCACGACAUUGGUCAAUGCUAUGGCAUCGUGUACGUGUCCUGUAAAUUAGUGCUUCGUGCAAGCGAUAAAGACGAUCUGUCGUCUUGCAUGUAGAGAGUAGGGUGGAAGGGUGGUGAGGAAGAGGAGGAGGAGGAGGAGGAGGAGGAGGAGAAGAAAGAGAGAGAGAGAGAGAGAAAGAGAGAUAGAUAGAAAGUGAAACUCGCGAGGGAUACGCGUCUCGCGCGAGGUUUUAUCGUACGCGAGUGCGUUCGAUUACGCGAAAUAAAGGAAGCGAGAAAAAAAAUCUAAAAGUUGUAUCGACCAAAGGGCCGGUGAUGAAAGAGACGGCGGAUAAAAGUAGGGAUGAAAUGACUCGUCAAAAUGUGGGUUGAGAAAGUGAAAAAGGAAGGCUGAGAGAACGAAAAGACCGGUCGAUUGGUCGUUGUCGCGCGCGCGACAAGAAACAAAAGAGAGGAAGAAAGAGCUUUGUGACUCCGAAGCGGACGGCUGCCAAAGCCGUUGCCAAAGCCGUAUCCUCGCUCGCAGCGAAGAAUGGAUGCACAAGGAGGAAUGUCGCGUAACGUCGGUCCUGGACUUUACGAAUUUCUUAUGGAGGCAGAAUUGCAACAGUAUUAUCCAGGUAUUCGGGGGGACCUAAAAGUUCAAACAACAGCGCAAUUAAAGUAUGUGACCGAAGAAGAUUUAAAUGCUAUAGGAAUGAGUAAGCCUGAAAUGAGACGCUUAAAGAAAUAUUUUCAAAAGCACUUUCCUCAAAAUUAUCUGUCGAAGUUCAAGAAGAUGUUAUUACCAAAGCGCGAGGAACAAACACCCAGUGCUCUUGGUAUGUUACCGGAGGAAAGACAAGAUAGACCUCCUGUACGGGUUCCUAACAAGCACAUGAUCCCUGCCGACGCGAUAAUAGUGAACAAGGAAUUAGGAACUGGGGAAUUUGGAGUUGUACAACAAGGUGUGUGGACCAACGACGGCGAAAGGAUACAAGUAGCGAUAAAGUGUUUGUCGCGAGAGAGAAUGCAGAAUAAUCCUAUAGAAUUUUUAAAAGAAGCUGCUAUUAUGCACUCCAUCGAUCACGAACACAUAGUAAGACUAUACGGAGUCGUUUUGGAUACAAAUUCGUUGAUGCUCGUAACGGAAUUAGCGCCAUUGCGUUCUCUGUUAGAGUGUUUAAAGGAGCCAAGCUUGCGGGCCAGUUUUCCCGUUCUAUCGCUAUGCGAUUUUGCUGUUCAAAUAGCCGAUGGAAUGCAAUACUUGGAAGCGAAAAGAUUAAUACAUAGAGAUUUAGCUGCGAGGAAUAUUCUUGUCUUUUCUAAAAACAAAGUUAAGAUAUCAGAUUUUGGUUUGUCCCGGGCGCUUGGCGUUGGUAAAGAUUAUUAUCAAACGAAUUUCAAUGUAAAUUUAAAAUUACCGAUCGCAUGGUGCGCUCCUGAAUGCAUAUCUUAUUUGAAGUUUACAUCUGCCAGCGAUGUAUGGGCUUACGGCGUAACUCUUUGGGAAAUGUUCAGUUAUGGAUUUCAGCCGUGGGCCGCGCUGACGGGCCAUCAAAUUUUAGAAGCCAUCGACGAACCAAACUUUCAAAGGCUUGAACAACCAGAAUGCUGCCCGAAAGAUUAUUUCUCAUUGAUGCAACAAUGCUGGCAGCACGAACCGUCUAAAAGGCCGAAAUUUUCCGAAUUAAUUAAUUUAUUGCCAGACUUAAAGCCAGAACAAGUACAAGCAGUACAGGACAGUACAGAAGCGGGACAAUUGGUCUACAGACAAGGUGAUAUAAUAACGGUAUUGGACAAAGGUAGUAGCAAUACCAUGUGGAAGGGCGUCCUAAAUAACGGGAAAACAGGAAUCUUUAAUCCUGCUCACACGAUAGCAUAUCUUGGAUCGAAUUUACCGAGCAACAAGCCAGGAGAAUUUACGAGAGGCGACGGGAAAAACGCAUUUUCCUCUCAACGGAGGAAAAUUCGUACGGAUAUGAUAUCCUCCCCUCAAGGCGAUUUGAAACACACCGGUCACGUUGGCCUGGAUGGAGCAUAUUUCGGUGAUAUCAGUUUUCUCGGUGGCAAGUACCCACAUUUACCGCGUCAAGUGGUAACCCCCUAUAAGCCGCAGGAAGAUGUAACGGAUAAUUCUAGUCAAAUUUUAAAUCAGGAUGUAAGAAGUUUAGAGAUAGACAGAGAAACUUUGAGGGAUAGCAGGGCUUUGCAACAAGAGCAGCAAAGUAAACAUGACAGUUUAUGGUCCGACGUUAAUUCCGAGAUGUGCCAAUUGGGAAGCAUUUCUAAUGCGGGCAAGCAAGCUACUGUAGUAUCGUCAAAUCCGAUCGGUAAUAUCGAGAGUCUCGGUGCCGAUCACGAAUAUCAUGAGAUCAGUGACGAGGAGAAUCAAGACAGCCCAUUGAGAUUUGACAAAACGUUAAACUUUGACUUUGGCCCGAGUCUUUUGGCCGAAAUGGAUCAAAUGUUUAGGUCUCUAGGUUCUUCCGCUCCUCCGCCACCACCUGGACACCCAUUGACUACCGCCGAGCAUGAAUCGAGCAACGCAAGAAACGAACUUCGGGAAAUACAGGCGAAACAAUGCAGCAAGAAGAAACAAGCGACCGUGAGUCCUAUAAAUGUGAAGCCUAUCUCUGCAGCCGAUCAGAAAACACUCUACUCGGCCAUUGCUAUGGCACAGGAAUUGACAGCACGUUCCAUGACAGAUCUUGAACAUCCACCGGAGUCUCCCCGAACACCCGCCAGUCCUUCAAGGCGCAGAAAAUUCUCUUUUAAGUUGCCACAUCAACACAGUCCCAAACCAGACAGACGACACUUUUCAGAAGAAGCAGCCAGAAUACCUGACAUGCAGGCGACGUUGUCGGAGGAAGCCAAGGAGGUGUACAACAGCUUGGUCGAAACACCAGCGAUCGAAAGCGCACAAGACACGAAUCCUCUGCGUAUGUUGCGUUCGGGAUUGCCUGUGGUGAGACCAAGAGUUCGUGGUAAUAAACAUGCGACCCUUGGUCACAGUAUUUCCCAUCCGGAGGACGCAACUUCGGAACACGCUUUUCAAUUUGUGGAUAUGCAUCACGGUGGAGCAAAAACCUUGCCAAAGAUUCGAGCACCGCCACCCCCUCAUCUGCCACCUCCCUUACCUCAAACUCGAAGCUUGGAGAGGCAUCAUUCCGCUUUGGAGAUUGAGAACAAUCAGAAUCAGAGUAACGUCGACGAAAAUCCGAUACCAUUGCCGCCGCGAGAUCGCUCGAAAACGUUACAACCGAAAUCGAGCUUGCCGAGACAUCAAAGAAAGCAUCCGUUGAUCAUACCAGGUGGAGGAGUGACGAGGACCCUCGCCAAAAUGGCUGUUACGACGCCACCUGCUCUAGAGGAUCAAGUCGAUGGUAAUUUUCUUCUCCAAUAUGCGAAUUCACCGACCACCAGUACUUCCACCCUGCAGGAGAGUUAUUCUCCGGAAGUUUCAACUAACAGCCCGGAAGAAUUCGAGCAGCGCAUCGAAUCGGAGCUAGCCGCUCUGGAUUCUUUGCCCAUGGACGAAAGCAAGAUGCAUCGUUGCAGCGUCAUUUCGGAAGAUCUACUCGAGUUUUCUGACAAUCUGAUCGAUGCUGAGGAUACAGGAUCCUGUCCUGAAAACAUAUCGGAAGAAACGAACGAUUCCAUUGACGUUCGCUUCAGAAGAAAGAUCAGCGUGGAGUCGAAAAAUUCCCAAAAAAGCAUCGCUUCGAAAUCCUUCGAGGAAGAGACCGAGACAGGACUGCCCAGUAGGAACUCUACUACAUCCAGCUCGAGCAGAUCGGAAGACUCGAGUCUUUCCAAUAAGAAUGAAUCUCCAAGCGUAGCUUUGAUCGCAAGGUCCCAGCCAACGAGCACAAGAGGAGGAGGAUCGUCGUCGAACCAUCAAAAAAGAUCUUUCAACUGUACGCUUCAGAUAGAACGGCCCUUUGCAGAGGAAUCCAACGUGAUCACUACCACCGGUACGAUUACGCAGUACAACGUAAAUACGGCGAAAUCUUCUGGAUCGGACAACACGAAUCGCAAGGAUCUUAGUUGCUGUAACAACGAAAACUACCUUACGUCCAAUACAAAGUCGUACGAUCGCGAAGAAACGGAUAAAUUGGUAGUCACCCGUAGCAGCGACCUGUCGCGACAAUCCGAUCAUGUUUCCUGUGAAGAUCUUUUAGAGUUUGCUUGCGACGGCCCGAACGCUCGCAGAACUCGUGGCCCGCGUAACGGGGAACAGUCCGAUGAAGUGAGAAUUAUGUUAAAGGUUUUGCACGAUCAAUCGACUCCCGAGUCAUGCAUAGCGGCCUUGAAUGUAACCGGCUGGGACGUCUUGACGGCGAUAAAGCUCGAACGUCUUCAAGGCUUGUUGAAAAGGGAAAACAAUUUUGUUGGCCUUGAGGAUUGCAAGCUGAUGCUCAGUCAGUGCGGCGGGGACGUCGUUAAAGCGGCCGCCUUGCUACGAAAUACCGAUGACACUGCUGCGGUUUAGUUCUCGAGAUACAAAACUUCUAUACGCUUUUGUUUUUCUUUUUUCUACAGAUAAUUGAGAUUCGCGAGAUUUUUAUUUAUUUUGUUAGGGCUUUUUCUUUUAUAUAGCGAUACAAAAAUAUAGUAUUUCAAUGCGAUACGCUUUUCCAACUCUAUUAUUGCGUUGAGUGUCGUUUUUUGCGUGACGGCAGAUCGAAUUUUCCAAAAAUUCGUGUCAAUGUGUUUCAAAGAAACGUUUAAUCGCUUAUUUAAUUUAUCCUAUUAUUUUUUCGCAGAGUAAUUUGCAUUUUUUAUUGUAUCUCGAUACGAUGUGAUAUACUUUGCACAAUAAGUAAUCUCCUCAAAUAGUCGGUUUAUCAUUAUUAUUUAGAUGAUAAAGCUGAACACACACACACACACCAGACAUAUAUAUAUAUAUAUAUAUAUAUAUAUAUAUAUAUAUAUAAAUAUAUAUAUUCGAUGUAUUUUCUAGCUUCCGUUUUGCCAAGGUUUAAUAAUAGGAGCGAAAGUUUUAUAAGGAAAGUCUGCGCUCGGCCAUUAAUUAAACUUUACGUAACGGAUAAGUAUAGGAAAAUUUGUAGCAUAUUACGCUUUGAGGGGCGUAUAGUCUCUCUCCCUCUCUCUCUCUAUUUCUCUCUAUUUCUUUCUCUCUCUCUCUCUCUCUCUAUAUAUAUAUAUAUAUACAUAUAUAUAUACAUAUAUAUAUAUACAUAUAUAUAUGCAUAUAUAUAAAAUUGUACAUUUUAUUUUAUACACAAAGAUGCCCGUUCAGUCAUUUUAUUUUAAUAUCAUACCUGGGAAGAAAAAGAAAAGGAAAAAAGAAAGAAAUGAACGCGAUCAAGUAUUUUACAAGACAAUCAGUUUUUUACACGCCGAUACGUUUAAUAUUCGCGCUGAUUUAAGCGCGAAGCGAGGAGACUGCAUGUAAUACGAUAAGCUCGUUUGAUUCCUUCGCGUGUAGACAAAUUUGUUUAUUCGUUGAUACGUAAUUUUGAUACGAAGAUAAUGUAUUUUUUCUAUCCCCAUUUUUCUGUGUGACGUGUGCGCAGGGCCUACCGCUAUAGCAUUUCUCUUUGCGAUUUUAAUUAUUGUUCUCGCUCGGUUUCGUCGAUGUCUUGGCGGUAAAAUAGAAAAAAGGCAUUUCAAUAUCGAGAGGAAUAUUUCGUAACGUUUCCGUGCUCGUUCAGGGAAUAAUUUUCUACUCGAGAACGAGCGGCAAACUUUCCUUCGUUUUCACGCCGUCAGUAGCUUCGAAAGGAUAGCGAGAUUAUAAAAUGAAAUAAAAAACGAACAAUAAUAAAAUGUAAGAACGGUGAACGUAAUAAGACUAACGAGAAGAAACACCACGUUCCUAAUUUUUUUAUCGAAACGCAACCCACGUUACUCACGGAUCAAGACGUUGAUUAUUCUUAAACUUUAAAUCGGUCGUUCACCGAUAAUAACGAUAAUAGUAAUAAUUAUAUCAUAAUAAUAUUAUAGUAAUAUAAUCAUAGUGAUUUAUAAACGUAGAUAAUGUGUAAUUUUUAUACGCGUACGUCGUUGAUGCGCGUUCGACGAACUCUACUAAAGAAAGCCGUUGUGAUAAGCCGUAUUAACUCCCUUUCGCGUGAGAAAUAAUAACUUGAGCAAACAUUCUUCUUUUUAUAUAUACAUUAUAUCAUUUUUCAUUCUCGAACGAUAGUUUUUUUUUUCACGAAAGACCAUCGUUGCACGCGUAUCUACAAACGGGAAUACAAAAAAGGAAGAAGCCACGCACCCUUAUCCCGAAGGAAAGUCUCUAUUUAAGUGUCGUAAGGAAAGUCGAUAUUUUAUAAUUUAUAUACACACAUAUAUAUAUAUAUACAUAUAUACAUUAUUAUUAUUAUUAUUAUUAUUAUUAUUAUUAUUAUUAUUAUUAUUAUUAUUAUUAUUAUUAUUAUAUAUCAUAUAAGUAGCCUGAUUAAUCACAAACGACCAUUUGGUAAUCCCUCGAAGAUAAAGGUAACUCAUGAUUUUAUUAUUAUAAGAAAGAGCGACAAGUCGAGUCGUACGUCGUACCAACAAUAGUCGUCGUCGACUCGUGUUAUUUCAACGAAGCCAAAAAAGCAUCCCACGUAACCCCGUUCGUCGGUCGACGUAACAAGUAAUUCCAAGAAUUACUCGUUGGCUUUAGAUGAUAAUUGAUAAGCCAUCGUAGAAAAAGUUAAUGCACCACCUCGGUGAUACUUUUUCUUUUUUUUUUCUUUCAAAGGGCCACUGUACUUAGGAGCGCGCCCUAUAGAUAGAAAUAUCAUCGAAAAACGAUUAAAACUUAUUGUUAAUUAUUACUAUUUAUCGAUUAUUGCACACUAGCUAGCGAUACGAUCAAAACAGAGA